AUGCCAUUUGUCGCCAACACGCCCGAGUCGCUGCUCGGCCGCUCCGACUCCAAGAACCCGAGCUCGACCUGCCGCGGCAUCACGUCCAGUGGCAAGCCCUGCCGCCGCGGCAUCGCCCGCGCCGCCAACUCGACGCUGCGCCCGCCCCGACGACCUGACCCUGCCGACGAGACCUUGUACUGCUGGCAGCACAAGGAGCAAGCGAGCGUGUCGGCGCACUCGAGCCCAGGGCCGACGGGCCACGCGCGCCCCAUCCUCGAGGAGCGCUCCAGCCUCGACACCCUCGCCGACAGGCUGGGCCUGGUGACGCUGCAUGCGGACGGCAAGCACCAGAGCGAAAAGCCCGAUGGCGGCAAGCCCGCCGGAAGACCCAACGGGGGUUCGUCUUCGCCUCGCCUGACGCGGCCCAAGCCCAAGCAGAAGCGCCAAUGCUGCCUAUGCUUCUCCGUUCCUCUGGAGCAGGUGCAGGAGUCGCCGCCCCCGAGGCCCCGCCCUCGUCCCCAGCCUCGGCCCGUCCAGCAGACCGCCGCGGUGCCGCCCUCCGGCAGGCCGAGUAAGUCUCGCCCAUACGACGCGGCCACCUCCCCGGGCAAGAGUUCGCACAGGUCCCGCAGAUCCAACGCCUCGCAGACGGCCCGCCUCAAAGACCUGAUCCCCGACACCGUCGACGCGACCACCGCGUCUGCCCUGCUCGCCGAGCUGGCCCGGCCGUACGCCGACGCCGAGGAGCCGGGCUACAUCUACAUGUUCUGGCUGACGCCGGCGUCGCGCCAGGCCGCCCCGCCCGUCGACGCCGCGCGGUCGCUGCUCUCGCCGCCGUCGGCACCGUCGUCACGGCGACGCCCCAGCGACGUGGUGUCACAGUUCGCGGACCCGGGCGCCGGGACCGGCGAGGCAACGAUGCUCCUAAAGAUCGGGCGCGCGGCCAACGUGCAGCGGCGAAUGAACCAGUGGCAGCGGCAGUGCGGGUACGACAUCGAGAUGCUGCGGUACUACCCGUACGUGGCCGGUGCGAGCGACGCCUCGGCCGCGUCGACGGGUGGCGCUGCCCCGCGCACGACUCCGCACUGCCGCCGCGUCGAGCGCCUCGUCCACCUGGAGCUCGCGGGCAUGGGGCUGCGCGCCGCCAUGGGUAGCUGCGAGGCGUGCGGGCGCGACCACCGGGAGUGGUUCGAGGUUGCGGCCACGCGCGAGGGCAUCCGCCGCGUCGACGACGUGAUCCGGCGAUGGGUCGAGUGGGAUGAGCGGGAGACGGCUUAG